GUACUGAAGAGGUUAAUGCUGGCUGAAUGGAAGCGCAAUACAUCGAGGAAGAGAAUGCUGAAAGUGACCCGACUGCUUCACUUAUUAGCGUGACUGUGCAACUUAGCAGGGCGGCAGCAGUUGACAGCAAGGCUCCUAACAUUGUAAGCCAGCGCGCACCGCAGUACACGGACACAAAACCCAAGAACGGGGAGAAUGAUGCCUCCACCACAGCCCUGGCUCUCAGUCCCCACGUGCACGGCGCCCUUACACCCUCGUAUGCAGGAACACCACCUCUGCAGCAGACGCAUUUCCCGCCCUUACUUUCUCUGGCACCUUGCGCCCCUGGCACUGGUCUGCGUUGCCUCCUGACAACGGAAUCAAGCGCAGGAGAGUGAAUAUCUACAAAUUAAAUUGAAUUAUAAAGUGUAAAUGGCUAUUAAGUUUCAGAAAGAUUGAGUUGAGUUCCAGCUCGACAGGCGGAAUACAACCGUAAAAUUUAUGAGCCGGGCUGCGGCCUUUACGAAGCGGGGGAAACUGAGCGAAAAUCCUCCGUCCUGGCUCGACGCU